GGCGCUCGCUCCCCCCUGCGCGGGCCCCGGCGCGGAGCCGAUCGCGCCCAGCGGAGCCGAGCGGCGGAGUUACAUUGUUGGGAGUUUGCAACAACUCCGCGGCCUCGUCUGCGCGCCCGGCGCUGCGCGGGGCCGCCGGUGCGGGGCUGCAGCCUUCCCCGCCGCCGCUUCCUCCUCCUCCUCCACCCCUUGGGCUUUUUUUUUUUUUUUUUUCCACCCCCUUCCCCCCUCCCUCUCCCCUUUUCGCUUUGAUUUCGUUCUCCUCCCCUCCGCGCGCCCUGUGUGUGUGUUUUUCGCCGCCGAUCUUCACCAAGCCCCUUGGCAUGAGUUAAGCACCAGCUAUGGACACCAAACACUUCCUGCCACUGGAUUUCUCCAACCAAGUCAAUUCCACGUCCCUGAACUCUCCCACGAGCCGGGGGCCCAUGGCCACCCCAUCCCUCCACCCGUCCAUUGGGCCGGGCAUCGGCUCCUCGCUGGGCUCCCCGGGCCAGCUCCACUCGCCCAUCAGCACCCUGAGCUCGCCCAUCAACGGCAUGGGACCUCCGUUCUCCGUCAUCAGCUCCCCCAUGGGCCCGCACUCAAUGUCCGUCCCCUCCACCCCCAGCCUGGGAUUCGGCACCAGCAGCCCGCAGCUCAACUCGCCCAUGAACCCCGUCAGCAGCUCAGAGGACAUUAAGCCACCCCUGGGGCUCAAUGGAGUCCUCAAAGUGCCAGCACAUCCCUCAGGAACGAUGGCCUCCUUCACCAAGCACAUAUGUGCCAUCUGCGGGGACAGAUCUUCAGGUAAACAUUACGGGGUUUACAGCUGCGAGGGCUGCAAAGGCUUCUUCAAGCGCACGGUGCGGAAAGACCUCACCUACACGUGCCGCGACAACAAGGACUGCUUGAUCGACAAGCGCCAGCGCAACCGCUGCCAGUACUGCCGCUAUCAGAAGUGUCUUGCGAUGGGGAUGAAGCGAGAAGGGAUGGAGCACCAUCCAUCCCGGCCCACAAGACUUCUGGGAAGCCGAGAAGAACAAGCCGUCCAGGAGGAGAGGCAGCGAGGGAAGGACCGCAACGAGAACGAGGUGGAGUCAACAAGUAGCGCCAACGAGGACAUGCCCGUGGAAAAGAUCUUGGAAGCGGAACUCGCGGUGGAGCCAAAGACAGAGACGUACAUUGAAGCGAAUAUGGGCUUGACGCCGAGCUCGCCCAACGACCCGGUGACAAACAUAUGCCAGGCAGCGGACAAACAGCUCUUCACCCUGGUGGAGUGGGCCAAGAGGAUCCCCCACUUCUCCGAGCUGCCCCUGGAUGACCAGGUCAUCUUGCUCAGAGCAGGGUGGAAUGAACUCCUAAUCGCCUCCUUCUCCCACCGCUCCAUCGCCGUGAAAGACGGGAUCCUCUUAGCCACCGGGCUCCACGUGCAUCGGAACAGCGCGCACAGUGCUGGCGUCGGGGCCAUCUUCGACAGAGUACUGACAGAACUCGUGUCAAAAAUGCGAGACAUGCAGAUGGACAAGACAGAGCUAGGCUGCCUGCGAGCCAUUGUCCUCUUCAACCCUGACUCGAAAGGUCUCUCCAACCCAGCUGAAGUGGAGGCAUUACGGGAGAAGGUGUACGCGUCGCUAGAGGCAUACUGCAAACACAAAUACCCCGACCAGCCCGGGAGGUUCGCAAAGCUCUUGCUCCGUCUACCAGCCCUCCGGUCCAUCGGCCUGAAAUGCCUGGAGCACCUCUUCUUCUUCAAGCUAAUAGGCGACACGCCGAUCGACACCUUUUUGAUGGAAAUGCUGGAAGCGCCCCAUCAAAUGACUUAGAGAACUGCUGCUGGGUCAGUCCCUCGCCCGGCCGGGGUCUCGCGGGGCCCCUUCCUCUGCUUUCCUCUGCCGCCACCCCAGCCCGUCCCUCCCUCCUCUCCCCGGCGCUGGAGGCACCGUCUGAUCCGGGGCGACCCCCUGCCGUCCUCGCCUCCUCGUCACCUUCACCCUUGUCCGUUUGCUGUCACUGCUGCAUCUCAAGACCUGCUCGCUGGUUCCCUGCGCUAGAUGUAGAGAAGCGGGAGCGGAGAGAGCUUGCCUCCCGUCGCCCCGACUCGCACCCCUGCCCCGGCCCCCACCGUGCCAUGAGUUUCGGGGCGAUCCGCCGGCCGGGUUUGGCAUCACCCAUCAUGCGUGCCGCAGCCGGCGGUGAUUUCCCCGAGGCAGGAGCGGGGACAGGGACAGUCCCAGCCCUUGGGGCAGUGGGGUUUGGACAAGCCGAGGGCAGUGGUUGAACUCGCCGGAUUGCAGCUGGCUAUUUUCAGAGGAUGGAGUUUUUGAAAAAGAGAAGAGAAAAAAAAAAAGAAAAAAAAUUCUAUUUUUGGUUUCUAACUAUUAUUAGUAGUCUCGGUAGUUACUUCGCGGAGGGAGAGGCGGGCUGGAGAGGCGACCUGGCCUGUGCCCUGCGAAUUGAGUCACCCGUGGCUGCGCAGAGCCUUCGCCUUUCAAUUAAAAGCAGAGGAUUUGGGAUUGAGCUGAAUCCCCCCCCCCCAAAUAAUGAGGCGACUGGUGGCACGGGGAACCAGGGCACCCUCUCACUCUCUGUGCAGAGGGUCCCGCAAGCAACAGCACCUGAAAAAUCCCCUUUUGCCACCCCAGAGGGCGGCUGGGCAUCGCUGCUCUUCCCAGAGAUGCCUCUGCGCUCGGUGUGGCGCUGCCCAUGCGGACACGAGCCGUCUGGAGCACUUGCUUUAAGGCUGCCAGGACUCAACAUCGCCCUUCCCCAGCUCGCAGGGGCUUGCCGGACCCCUGCCCUCAGCACCGCGCCCAGCAUCCGGGCACAGCCCCGCUCACGAGGCUCGGUCCAGCCUGUCCUGCCGGAGCCACGCUUUAUUUCAAGGGCUGUUGCAUUGGAGAAGCAGGAGUCGGCACAGCAGCAACGGCUCCUUCUUGGUUUUUUGAUCCUGACCUUGUUCAGUGAGAUCGGAGGGGCAUUUCCAGGUGAUGGGGUGGGCUCGACAGAUGCCCCCUCUGUGCCCACGUUGUGGGUAUGCAGCAGCCCCGGGUACCGGCAGGCGUUUCCCCCGGGCCAGCAGCACCUGAGCCCUCGCCCUCGCCGCACACAGGCUGCUCCUGUUCAUUCAGUGCAGUGCAGAACACUACAAGGCAACAAUUAGUGGGAGUGCUUGGCCAGGCUGGUAAUUGUGGCUGUUAAUUAGCGGUGAAUUAGCAAGAACAGGGCUCCUCCUCCCCUGAAUGUCCCCCGUGGGGGAGCUGAGAGGUCCUGCCAGGGUGGGGGAUGCGGUGGGCAGCAUGCCCAUGCCUGGCCUGUCCGGGAUGCUGAGAGCAUCAAAAGCACCUUGGCUUUUGCACGGUCCUUUCCUUGAAUCUUGGUGUGACAGCAGGGAGAUGGACAGGUUUUUGGGGAUUAGGGACAUGGUCCCAGGAACGUGCCCACACCCCACGGGAUGGGAUUCCCUGGGGAGUGCGUGGAGAGAGGUCAGCCAGGGAGCGUUUCCCCAUUUCACCUUCAUCAGGUGUCUGUGGAGCCCCAGUGAAAAAAUGUGUUAGAGAAAAAGCAGAGCAAGCGGUGAGGGAUGUUGGGGAGGGUUUUUCACCCCUUGGCAGGACAGGCUGUCCCGAACACACUGUGGGGUGGGUGUUCGGAGCCAAGAACGAGGUGCCUGCGGUUGACCUCGGGCCAAGGGCUUCCCCACCGCUUUCCUGUCUUCUGAGCUUUAAAACAACAAAGCACGAGGUCCCCAAGGUAUUUCUUUCUCUUCUUUCUCGCCGUGGGUUGUAGCUGGCUCUUCAGCCAGCUGUUCUGUGCCUGGAGGGGGAUGGAGCAGUGCCCACGAGCUCCCACCUCUUUUUGAGGGGACACAGUUGUCACCCGCCUGUCGUCAUCCCGCCUGGCCGCUCGAGUCCCCGGCUCCGUCCCCUGCAGUUAACCAGGCCAUCUCAUUGCUAAAUAAAUACUCAGGAUUUCAGGUCAUAACUUUCCCUUAGGCUGGCCUGAAGUGGCAAAUCCACAGAGGCAGGGAAAGUGUUUUGGCUGUGUUUCUCCAGCAGCCUGCAUGCCGCGAAAAUAUUAUUAAACAGCUUCACCCUGCAAGAAUUUGCCAAGAAAACUAGGCAAGAGAAAUGAAAUAUGUAAAGGGUGCCAGUAAACACGAGCAGGCUGUUCCUUGCCAGCGUAAGGCUGGCGCAGCCCCGCGGGGGGCUUGCAGGGAGGUGUUAGCUCCCAGCCAGCCGGUGCGGAGCUCAGCCCGGAGCCAAACCAGCCCCCAGGCAGCUGGCAGCCCCCGCCCGGCUCUUGCCAGUGGAAAGGAGCCUGGAACUUGCUUGCCGGAGAGGAUGAGAGGAUGAGGGUGCUUCAUGAAGGAGUUGGUGGACAUUGCACUAGAAUAAACCCACUGUCCUUCUGUGUUGGGUGGAACCACUUUUUUCCUGACGGAUGGCUUGGAAGGGGCUGUUUGGUGCUGGGUGCUGAGCUGCAGGGGCUUGCGAGGUCAUGCUUCGGCCGGCUGCAGCCCUGGGUACCACCGGGCUGCAGAGCAGGAGCUCCUGUCCCAUCCCGUCCCAUCCCAUCCCGUCCCAUCCCAUCCCAUCCCAUCCCAUCCCAUGCCAUACUGUCCUAUCCCAUGCCAUCCCAUCCCAUCCCAUUCCAUGCCAUCCUAUCCCAUGCCAUGCCAUCCCAUCCCAUCCUAUUCCAUGCCAUCCCAUCCCAUUCCAUGCCAUCCUAUCCCAUGCCAUGCCAUGCCAUGCCAUGCCAUGCCAUCCCAUCCUAUUCCAUGCCAUCCCAUCCCAUCCCAUCCCAGUUAGCAUUUGACCCAAUAAAAAUAAAA